AGGGGAGCGGAGGGGAACGCAUUGCGCCUGGCGGAUGAAACGAUGGAGAGAAGGCGGAUGGCCAUACUUCUAUUCCCAUUCUCCGGAUCUAUCCUCAACUGAGAUGAUGUUUCUCAGAGAUGGGACCCCGACAGUUCAUCUCUCCGAUUCUUGCAUGUCCUACGCCUAGUCAGGCACUGUUCACCAAGUUCCCCGUUCGCCACUUCUCACUGUGCCUUCUUAUUCUAGUGAUCUCUGCUCAAGAUGUGCAGCAGAGCGCGACCCUUGCCCAAAACAAAAAGUGGAGGCAUGCAAAGAUCCAUUGUGACAGCAGCCGCAUUGAUUCUCGGAUGAUCUUCAUCUCAGCUGCCAACUUCCUUAUUGACCGUUUUCGAUUCCGCUUCACCCGACUCUUCACUCUCUCUUUCUACGCCGGUGUCCGAACAACGCGAGGACGGCUACUUCUUGGUCGAUCAUUCAACAUUGGAACGCUGUGUGGUCGGACACAGGGAGAGCAGCUGUUCCAGAGACUCCAGGGGGCUUUGAUCUAUUCGCACAACGAACCAAAUCUCACUUGUACCAUAACUUUCCAGACGGACUCUGCUCUUCAACAUUUCCUUCUUCGUUUUGAAAAACUCGAGCUCGACUGUCACGAUCAUCUCCAGAUCUUCGAUCGAGCCAAUGCCGUCGGAAAACCCAAGAAGGAUCUAUCAUGCCGAGACGCGGUGUCCACAGUCGAUGUAGUGGUAACUCAGGGGAACCAUGUAACCCUCAAAUACACGACUGAUCCCUAUGGGAUUCCCGACAAAGGCUUUCGUCUUAUCAUCACAGCACAUAAACAACCAGAGCCACCUCAUUUCCGCUUCAAGGGAAGUGAAUUUCUUCAAGUGAGGCUGGCAGGAGCUUGCUCCGUCAUCGGCAUCGUCAGUUUCCUCAUCUUUCAACUUACUAGCUAG